CCUGAGACAUAGACCACCAUGGAGGAUGGAGCACGUCGUCGAGGUGGUUCUGAGAAGGACACGGCGAGCCCAGCAAAAUCAGAAGGAGGUGGUGUGGCGCUCAAGAAAGAAAUUGGGCUGAUAAGCGCCUGUGGCAUUAUCGUGGGUAACAUCAUCGGAUCGGGAAUUUUCGUUUCGCCGAAAGGUGUGCUAGAAAAUGCUGGCUCGGUAGGCCUGGCCCUUAUAGUAUGGAUCGUCACUGGCCUCAUCACAGCCGUGGGAGCUCUCUGCUAUGCAGAACUUGGAGUCACCAUCCCCAAAUCUGGAGGCGACUAUUCCUAUGUCAAGGACAUCUUUGGGGGACUGGCUGGAUUCCUGCGGCUAUGGAUUGCAGUGCUGGUGAUCUACCCCACCAAUCAGGCUGUUAUUGCUCUCACCUUCUCAAACUACGUCCUACAACCACUCUUCCCCACCUGCCUUCCCCCUGAAACUGGACUGCGACUGCUGGCUGGGGUCUGUCUCUUACUGCUGACUUGGGUGAACUGCGCCAGCGUGCGGUGGGCCACGCGUGUCCAGGAUAUCUUCACAGCAGGGAAACUGCUGGCGCUGGGACUUAUCAUCAUUAUGGGAAUUGUGCAGAUCUGCAAAGGUGAAUAUUUCUGGCUGGAACCACGGCAUGCCUUUGAGUUCUUCCAGACGCCAGAUGUGGGCUUGGUGGCGCUGUCUUUCUUACAGGGCUCCUUUGCCUAUGGGGGCUGGAAUUUCCUUAACUAUGUCACCGAGGAACUGGUUGACCCUUACAAGAACCUGCCUCGGGCCAUCUUCAUCUCCAUUCCCCUGGUCACCUUUGUGUAUGUCUUCGCCAAUGUGGCCUAUGUCACUGCCAUGUCACCCCAGGAAUUGCUGGCCUCCAAUGCUGUUGCAGUGACCUUUGGGGAGAAGCUGCUGGGAGUCAUGGCUUGGAUCAUGCCUAUCUCUGUCGCUCUUUCCACCUUCGGGGGAGUUAAUGGAUCACUCUUCACUUCUUCUAGGCUCUUUUUUGCUGGAGCCCGGGAGGGCCAUCUUCCUAGCGUACUGGCCAUGAUCCAUGUGCGGCGCUGCACUCCCAUACCUGCCCUGCUCUUUACUUGCCUUUCAACCUUGCUGAUGCUGGUGACAAGUGACAUAUACACCCUGAUCAAUUAUGUGGGGUUCAUCAACUACCUCUUCUAUGGAGUAACUGUGGCUGGGCAAGUUGUGCUACGCUUUCGGGAACCUCAUCGGCCCCGCCCCAUCAAGGUGAGCCUGUUCUUCCCCAUCAUUUACCUGCUAUUCUGGGCCUUCCUGCUGGUGUUCAGCCUGUGGUCAGAACCUGUGGUAUGUGGCAUCGGCCUGGCUAUCAUGCUGACGGGAGUGCCGGUCUACUUCCUGGGAGUGCACUGGGAGCACAAACCACCUGCCAUCAACACUUUCGUUGAUGCAAUGACCCGGGCAGGGCAGAAGCUUUGCGUAGUCGUAUACCCCCAAAUGGAUGGGGGGGAACCUGAAAGCGAUCUCAGCAAAGAGACCAAAGAACAGCUGCAGCCAAUGUGUGCGGCUGAAGACCUCAACGGCCCUCAGAACUGAGCCCUCAGGCUGGGGAGGACGUCGAAGCUGCCAGCUGUGGAGUGCAGAGUGCCCUUGCUGGGGCUGAAGUAAGCGGGAGCUCCCUACAACUCGUACUUCCGACCGGGAGUGGAAUAUCUGGGAGUGACCCACUGAGCUUUCUACGGUAAACCUUGCUGGGAUUGGAGUACUGCCCCACACUUGCCACUCCUUGCAGCGCCCCCUUGCCAAGGCUGGACUUAGCGGGAGCUUUGCUCACAGCCACCAAUGCCACCCCUGUGACCCCUGCCGGAAGGGGUCCCUUCGUUGUUGUUGCCUUAUAUUGUUGGGAAUGUUCUCUUUGGGCUUGAACCUCAUGGAGGGGGGGAAAGGAUCCCCGCCCCCUCAGUUUUUUGAACUUGUAUUUUUCACAAUUGUCUCUCUUGUCUCUCUCUUUUUUUUUAAUGUAAUAAAUUAAGCUUAACGUCG